AUGGCUGGAUAUCAUGAAGAAUGGGUCGAUGUACAAAAGAAUACUUUUACACGAUGGGCCAAUACGUACUUAUCACGUAAACGAAUGACAAUUGAAGACCUGUACGAAGACCUGAAGGACGGUAUUCGUCUUAUUUCGCUACUGCAGAUUGUCUGCCGUGAGAAAGUGUGCCGUAAAUUCAAUAAGAAACCGCGUAUGCGGAUUCAGAAGAUGGAGAAUCUCAAUUUUGCAUUUGCCUUUAUGCAAAAGAAGAAUGUGAACGUCACGAACAUUGGCUCGUCUGAUAUUCUGGACGGCAACAAUAAACUGGUACUUGGUCUCAUGUGGACGCUCAUCAAGGCUUUUCAAGUGGCUGAGAUUGACGUGGAAGGCGUCUCUGGUAAAGAUGGUCUGCUACUCUGGGUCAAUCGGUCGUUGGCCGACUAUCCGACCGUGCAAGUCAAGAACUUUUCUAGUAGUUGGGCGGACGGCAUGGCCUUUUGUGCUUUGAUUCAUCGGUAUGCGCCGACGCUUAUUGACUUUAACGCGUUGAACCUUAAGGAUCCACAAACCAAUGUCAAGCUUGCCUUCGACAUUGCUCGUGAAAAGUUCCGCAUCCCGCAGCUGCUCGAGGUGGAGAAUGUGGCGGGACAGGCGAAGCCUGAUGAAAAGAGUAUUACCACGUACGUCUCUCUUCUCUUCAAGGAAUUCGCAUCGGGUGUGCAGAAGAAGAAGGCCGUGACGACGAUUUCCAAGGCGCUGAACAUUGCGCAGCGCCACCAGGAACUCGCGAUUGAGUUCAACAAGAACGCAUCGGGCCUGCUGGAGUGGCUUCAGCAGCAGACGGAACGCUUGCAGACGCUCAGCCAGCCUCGCCACAUACCGGAUAUCAAAGAAGCGUUGGCUCGUCACCUUGACUACAAGAAGAACGAGAAACCACCGCGAGAGGCGCAGUUUGUCGCUGUGGAAGGAUGCGCUGGUCGUUGGGUUGCUAGUUGCAAGAACAAUGGGCGUGCAGUACCAAAUUUGAACCCACCCAUUGAGAAAUUGCAGGCGCUUAAGGUUCAGCUUGACGAGCUGGAAACGGCCUUUGAGCUGAAACUGCGUCAAAACUUGGAAAGUUACCAGAAGACGGAGAUCUUCCUUACUAAGGUGAUAAAGGACCUAGAGAAGGUCGAGGGCUGGACCAAGGAAAAGGAGGCGCUGGCUCUCUUUGCUGAUGACCUGCAGGUCAACUCCACUGCCGACGCAGAGGAGAAGCUCGAGAGCGUUGCUUUUCUGCAUGAUAUUGAGCUCCCACGCUACAAGCAGCUCCUAGCUACGGUCAUUAGCGAAGCCGACGGGCUUUCGGAGGAGCACUCGGACACUAAGGUCACGCUCGAGCGGCUGGAGGCGAUGAAAAACUUUAUCGCUAUGGCUGAAAGCAAGAUUGAGGGUGUGAAGGCUAGAUUGGAGGAAAGCCUUCGUCUACAGCAAAAUGUGGAUGCUGUGGCCAAGGACGCCAAGGCGCUGAUGCGUAAUCUCAAGUACGUUAUCGAAGAGAUGGACGAGGAAGUGGAGGCGGCUGCGAAGCUCGAGGACGUGUCUACGGCUGGCGUAGUUGCUGCCAAGCACCAGUUUGACACUGUGUUGGUCCCUAAGGUGCAGAACGCUGUAGUAAGCGAGAAUGAAAAGCUUAUUGAGAAGAAGCAGAUCUUGGAGGAUGCCGGUCGCUUUAGCGAAGUGGCUCUUAUUGAGAAGACAAAUGCUCGCGUACAGAAACUUCUAGGCUCGCUGGCCGAGAAGCGCGGAUACUAUGAGGAGGAGCUUUUGAAUGUAGAGACGCGCGAUGAGGUGUGCCGCGAAUUUGCGAUGCUGUCUGCCCGUAUUAAGGAACGCUGUGUUCAGAGCACGCAGUCGAUCAACGUUGUGGAGGGAUCGCUCAAGGACCAGUUCACCUCAAUGGCGAAACUCCAUUACCGACUGUUUCGAUCCAACACUAUUCUCACGUGCGAGGAAGAGACUGAGGAGAAGCCUGAAGACCCUGAAAUCACCGGAGCUGAGAUGCCUAUUGCUGAGGGGGUCGUGAAGCCCGCAGUUGAAACCGAGACCGCCCCGGAGAAUGAAGGAGGCGACAAUUCUGAGGAUGUGACUGCUGAAACGAAGGAGAGUAAGUUGGCGCAGGUUGAAGAGGCGAAGGCGAAGGCGGAGGAAAUUAUUGCUCCGCUUACCGACGAUAUGGAGAAGUUGGAGCGCAUCAACGAGGAGCUGGAGCGACUGCAAGUGCACACGAAUCCGUUUACGACAGACACAAUCCAUGGUCUGCGUGCGCAGUUCACCUCGCUUGAGACGGCCGUGCGUGACAAGGUCAAGUCGCUGGAGAAGGAAUUGGCGCUGAGCGAGGUGGGCAGCCUUACUCCUCAGCAGGCAAAGGAGAUUAAGGAGGUCUUUGACCACUUUGACUUGGACAAUGACGGUGUUCUUGCUCGCGAUGAGUUCAUCAUGGCGUGCAAGGGUCUUGGCUUGAGCCUUAGCGAGGACGACUGUCACGAUUAUUUUGACAAGAUUGACGAGAUGGACAACGAUGAGAUCAAGUUUGAGCAGUUUUCUUCCUUCUGCACGGAGCAGCUGCAGAGUGGUUCUACAAAGGACGAUGUGCACGAGGCGUUGGACAUUCUCACUGGUGAACAGCUGACGUUUGAGCAGAUUGAAGAGCGCUUUGAUGCGUCGCAGCUCGAAUUUAUCAAGAAGAACGUCCCGGAGCUUUUGGAAGCAGACGGCAAAACGGUGGACACGAAAAAGUUUGCGGACUUUAUCUUUAGCGUGUAA